AUGUCAGUUCCUUCAGAAGUAACCGAAGUUGUAUUUAAAAGAUUACCACCUCCAAAAGAAUCAAUUCAACCAGAUACCACCAAAGCAAACCCAACCUUCGAAGUAAAAACAAACAAGUUAGAUUCACUUAAAGAUGGUCAAAUUUUAAUCAAAUCAUUAAUUUUUUCAAAUGAUCCUACUCAAAGGACAUGGCUCCGGAAACCAGGGGACAACAGAAGAGCAUAUAUUGCACCUGUCUAUGAAGGUGAAACAAUGGAAGCAUUAGGAAUUGGAGAAGUUAUCGACUCCAAAUCUGACAAGUUUAAACAAGGAGAUGUUGUAAAUGCCAGAAUCAAAUGGGCUGAUUAUAGUAUCAUUAAUGAAUCAAGUGUUUUUAACAAGAUAGAUAACACACAAGGUCUCCCACUUGAAUAUUAUUUAUCUGUUCUUGGAAUGACUUCAUUAACUGCAUUCUUUGGAUUAAUUGAAGCCGGUCAAUUGAAAAAGUAUUUAAAUAAAAGAGAUUCAGAUUUAAUCAUUGCUGUUUCUGCUGCUUCUGGAGCCGUUGGAUCCAUUGUUGUCCAAAUUGCAAAACAUUUAUUAGGUGCUAAGAAAGUAAUUGGACUCGCUGGAUCGGAUGCAAAGUGUAAAUGGGUAGAAGAAAUAGGUGCGGAUUUAUGUGUGAAUUAUAAAUCUGAAAACUACCAGAAGAAGAUUGAUGAAUUUUUAGAUAACGACUGGGUCGAUGUUUAUUUUGAUAAUGUUGGAGGUGAAAUAUUAAGUUAUUUCUUAAGUAAAAUGAAAGAGUUCGGUAGAAUCGCUGCUUGUGGAUCUAUUGCUGGUUAUAAUAAUCCAGACAAGGCUUUGGUUUCUAAUUGGUUUAAUGUCGUUAGUUCAACAUUAACUAUUGAAGGAUUUCUUGUUAUGCAAUAUAAAGAUAAAAUUCCAGAAGCUACUAAAAUCUUAUCUGAUGCUAUUAAAUCAGGUAAAAUUCAAACUGAGAAAGCAUACCAUGUUGAAGAGUUAAAAGGAAAUGAUGAGAGGGAAAAGUUUACUGAAAUUCCAAAGAUUUGGAAUUUGUUGUUUGAUGGUGAUAAACCAAAUGGUAAAUUGUUGAUCAAAGUGAAAUAG